AUGUCUUUGACUGCCGAUCCACCAGCAUGCACCAUCAAGUCGUCAAACAACAAUGAGUACCGUAUCACCCCAGUGUUCGGAUUCAUCGAUCCAUCUGGAACCAAGGACAUUAACAUCACUCGCACUGCUGGAGCACCAAAGGAGGACAAGCUUGUCAUCCACUUCGCCAACGCCCCAGCUGAUGCUACUGACGCUCAGGCUGCUUUCGCGGCCGUCACUCCAGCUGGAACUGUAACCAUCCCAAUGUCGGCUACAGCUUAA